CAUGCCAGCAUUGUGCAAAGUGGGUCGUUCCGUGUCAAAGUCCGCAUAUUUUCCCAGCCCUCUGCGCCAUUUGCAGACUACAAAAAGAAUCGCAAUAACAGCCCUUCGGCGGAAGAAAAGGCGCAACAUGUUGGCCAAGGUUGCCACCGGCUUCGCCUUGCGGUCCCACCGGAGCCGCCGCUGGAUUCAGACCGCGAUGAAGCAGGAGGUGACGGCUACGGCGGCCGAGGCUGGCAAUCGCAACAGCGCAUCGUCCACUUGCAGCGGCGCGGUUCCAGACGGCGGCUGCCGGGUGAAGAGCAUGGACGAGCUUGGCGGGCCGAGUUUCCUCAGCACGCUCUACUGGCUCUUCAUCAAGGGAUACUUCAAAACAACUCAACAGAUGCAAAUCGAGCACAAGAAGCUAUACGGGCCUCUGUGGAAGUCAACGUACGGACCCCUGGUGGUGGUGAACGUGGCCAGCGCCGAGCUCAUCGAGCAGGUUCUGCGUCAGGAGGGCCGACUACCGGUCCGCACCGACAUGCCUCACUGGCGACACUACCGGGAGUUCCGCGAGCAAGCCCACGGACCCCUCACAGAGAUGGGUGCCAAUUGGCAACGCAUUCGCAGCAUACUGAAUCCUCGCAUGCUGAAGCCAAAGCACGUGGCCUCGUACGUCGACACCAUCAAUCCGGUGGUGGCUGACUUUCUGGAGCGACUCUGCUGGUUGCGCGACAAUAACAAAAUCAAUGGUGGCUUGGUGUGCGACGUGACUGGAGAACUCUACAAGUUUGCUUUCGAAGGCAUCUGCUCGGUGGUGUUCGAGACGCGUCUGGGUUGCCUGGAGCGGGACGUGCCCGAGGAGACGCGCAAGUUCAUCUGGUCUGUAGGAGAAAUGUUUCGCCUGUCUUCUGUCGUCAUCCUUUUCCCCAAGCGCUACUGGCCAUACCUGCCCUUUUGGAAAAAGUUUGUGGCUGUCUGGGACCAUCUCUUCAAAGUCUCUGAGGAGCUGGUACAGAAGAAGCUGGAGGAGCUGCAGAAGGAGAAGGAAUGGGCGGAUGGCAACGCCAACGCGGAGGGCGCCUACCUAAGCCACCUGCUGCUCAGUGACAAGAUGAGCCUCACCGAGAUUCUCGGAAGCAUCACUGAACUCCUGCUGGCCGGAGUUGACACGACCUCCAACACGAUCUCAUGGGCAUUGUACCAUCUAGCCCAGGAGCCCGCCAUUCAGGAGCGUCUCUACCAGGAAGUGUCGAGCGUUUUCCCUGCAUCCCGCGGGAUGCCCAAAAGCCAAGAAAUCGCCCAGAUGCCUUUCCUAAAGGCUGUCGUUAGGGAGACGCUGCGGCUUUACCCCGUCGUGCCAGGAAAUGCUCGCCUCACUGUAGAAGAUCAGAUUGUGGUGGGAGAUCAUCUCUUUCCUAAAAGGACAUUGUUCCACCUUUGUCACUACGCGGUCUCCCAUGACGAAAGUGUCUUCCCCGAGCCACACCGCUUCCUGCCCGAUCGGUGGAUGCGACGCGACGAAGGCGAGCGGCACCCGUGGCACCCGUUCGGGUCGGUGCCGUUCGGAUUCGGGGUGCGGGCCUGCCUCGGACGGAGGGUGGCUGAACUGGAGAUGUACUUGCUCCUGUCCGCGCUGAUGUCACGCUUUGAAGUGCGACCCGACCCGAGCGGUACCGCACCCGUCAAGCCCAUCACCAGGACGCUGCUGUGCCCGGCCACGCCCAUCGACCUUGUCUUCGUCGACAGGCCGCGACAAUGACGACGAUGACGAGAAGGACACACGCGCACACACAAACUGUGACACAUUGAAAGAAAGCGUGGCCUACCUAAAAUGCACUUCAACCAAUCACCACCACCAAUAGCGUAAUAAAACAAAAAAUAUUAAAUAUAUGCGCCAAAAUCCUGUAGGAUAAAAAAAAAACUAUAUAAUGUUCAUUAAAUGGAAAUUCUGUCAAAUGAAAAUUAUUUUAAAUUUAUUCAAAUGUAUUUUGGAUAGUAAUGCUAUUUAAAACAAUUAUUUUAAAUAUUUAUCAAAGCAUUAGAAAUACUAUUUAAAGUGUAACAUUUACACAGCUUUUUUUUUUUUUUUUUUUUUUUUUUUUUUAAGGAAAAAUCCAUGAAUGAAAAUUUUCAAAUUCUGGAGAAGCCACAAACUGCAUAAAUAACCACAAUGCGAGCAACAACAUUUUUUUAUUAAAUCAAUUGACUUAAGUUGGACAAAAUGAAAUGCAAGACUGAGAUUUAUUCAAACGUUUCCCCUAAAUAUUGUUAUAUUUUGUGACUAUUAAAUUAAAACCAAAAUGACAUUUAAAGGGAAACUCGGGAUUAAAGACUUGUAGGCUCUAAUAAGCCACAAUUGUUCUCUUUUACUAAAAUGUUUUAAGCGCGCAAUGGACGCUCGGUGUGAUGAUUGUCACUGUCACUCGAAGAAUACUACUGGGUUACUGCUCGAGGCGUGCGAAAUUUUCGAUUCUUAGAUUAUUCGCGAUUCGGCCGUGGAAGAUUCGAGAACGAUUGACAAAUAUCCAAAUUUCGAUGAUUGAAUUAUACCAGGUAAAGCGGAAGUAAAACACAGUCAGCGCGUUCUUUGGGACGCAAUGAGGAAUGGACCGAGAGUAAAUAUCAUGUUCAACUCAUGCCGCUAGAUAAAAAAAACAAUCAUACCUAACUGGGGCCGACAGCCGCUAAAAACAACGCCCAGUUACUAGUUGUUACAAACAUACGGCUACAGUAGAUGUAUAUAUGUAGAACUAGUUGCAAUAUGACAGACGACGUUGGUGUUAGAAGAUGUAUUAUUGAACAGAGGUGCGAAAGGGCAGACUUUCCAGCGUAAGUAAACAGCCGCCAUCUUAAAGCAGUAGACCUCUCUAGAAGGCUCUGUUGUAGCGAACUUAAUUAACUUUUUAUCUUAAAUACUCCUAAAUCGGCAAAAUCUUGUCUUGAAUCUAUCUUUAAAUGAUGAAAUAGUUUUAAAACUUUGACAAAAGUAGACAGAAGGGAAAUUAUGGAAUAACGGGAGCAAUUUUAACAACUGUAACAGUUGAUUCACAACACUAAAUUAAUUGAAUGUAGUUUAAAGCUGCUGAUUCAGAAUGGGGACCGGAGUUUUUUAUUUACUGGUAUUUUUCUAUUUUUGUUUACUGUUAUAUGUUAACUUGAUACUGAAAUAGUAGUUUGGUUUAGCCUGAGAGGAUUUUUGAACAAUUUUGGAACUAAUGCCCAAAACAUAGAAAAGGAAAAAAAAAAAAAAAAGGAGGGGGGUGUAUUAAUAAUCGUUUUAUAAUCGAAUCGGAGCCUCUGAAUCGUAAUUGUACUCGAAUCGUUAGGUGCCCAAAGAUUCCCAGCUCUAGUUACUGCAAUUCCUUCUACGCGGCGAGAUGUCCAACACAUGCACUCAUUGGUUAAAAGCAGCGAGAACUUAGUAUUUGUGUUUUUAUUGAGUCUAUUAUUACCUUUUCAUUGCCUCAAAAUACUUUUUACAUGUGUUUCCCUCUCAUACUUUUUUAACAUUGUGUUUUCUUAUGGUAGUUUUAAAGCAGAUUGUUGAUAUGUGGACCACAUUCGUCACGUAGCAUAUUUAAACGACCCUUAUUUGAUAUUACUACGUUUAAGUAUUUUCUUAAGGCAUCUUUAGUAUGUUCUUUCUGUAUGCCUCUAAACAAAACAAGCUGAAAGCGCACUGUAGUACUUUGGGUGUCAAAUUCACCUCUCGUAGACGUUUCGCCAGUGUAGCGAAUUUUGGCAGAACACUUUUUUUUUUCCUACUCUCGUCUUAUCCCGUCUUUCCUGUCCAUUUUGCUUUUGCUGCUCGUUUUGUGAAAUAUCGACAGUGCUUUCGUGCUCAUUCAGGUUCCUUUCGGGUUCAAAUUGAAAGGGUUGAACUGAUGACAUGUUAAUGUCGAUAGAGUCAUACUCUGCAGGCCCGGCAGCGUAACCAUGUGAUGUCACCGCCCUGCGACGUCAACAGCAAUGGCGACCUGCUAGUUAAACAAGUUUUGCAAAUUGUAUAAAAACGAAAACAUCACGAGAGGUUACAAUAUGAUAAUAUUUUAACCAUAAUAACGUUUAUCUUUUAAGAACUACUAGUCUUUCUAUCCAUGGAUCCCUUUAAUAAAUCUGAUGUUAUUACAUUUCUUUUUAAAAAAUUGUUUAAAAAAAGAAAUAUUAUUAAACUUAUAUUCUAAAGUCUGAUCAAACAAAAGACAAAAAGCAAAUAUCAUUUGAUAAUCAAAAUUUGAUCAAUAGAAAUUUCAUGAAAUGGUUAAAUUCAACUGAAUUUAAUAUAAGAAUUACAUUUAUUGAAGCAGAUGCCACUGAAUAAUUACAUGUUGUGACAAUAUAGGAACUAUUAAAAAGAAAAUUUGAGAUAAAUGUUUGCAGAAUAACUCGGCUUCACUGUUACGUGAUUUUAUAGUUGGCUUAAAGAACCGUCCUCUUUUGUGGGUUAUUGUCAAGUUGGUUUUCUUUUGUGGAACAUUUUUGCUCUAAUUGUAUGUAUUGUAUUUAGUUGAAGAUGGAAAACAUAAUUGUCCAUAUUUGUAUUUUUUUGACUUGUUCCUAUUUUCAUUUUCUUACUACUUUACUCAAUAUAAUUGCAAUGCAACAAAACAUAGGCACUUGUUUUAUAUUGCUGGACUUCAAAAGCAUGGCUGAAGAAGAAAUUCUAUUUAAUCAAGUUGAUAUAUUUGUAUGAUUGAUUAAAUUACAAAAGAUUGCUGAAUCACAAUCACUUUGAUUUUUUUUUAAUAGAGGGGGCAGCCACCGCCUUAAGGUUUGUGUUUUAUUACAUUUAAAAAAAUAUAUAUAUAAGUUAAACCCCAUUGAUGCUUUAAUUUAGCUUUAAGCAGUAUACAGUGGGGCAAAUAAGUAUUUAGUCAACCACCAAUUGUGCAAGUUCUCCUACUUGAAAAGAUUAGAGAGGCCUGUAAUUGUCAACAUGGGUAAACCUCAACCAUGAGAGGCAGAAUGUGGAAAAAAAACAGAAAAUCACAUUGUUUGAUUUUUAAAGAAUUUAUUUCCAAAUUAGAGUGGAAAAUAAGUAUUUGGUCACCUACAAUCAAGCAAGAUUUCUGGGUGUCAAAGAGGUCUAACUUCUUCUCACGAGGUCUAACGAGAUCUAACAAGGCUUCACUCGUUACCUGUAUUAAUGGGACCUGUUUUAACUCAUUAUCGGUAUAAAAGACACCUGUCCACAAGUCACACUCCAAACUCCACUAUGGCCAAAACCAAAGAGCUGUCGAAGGACACCAGAGACAAAAUUGUAGACCUGCACCAGGCUGGGAAGACUGAAUCUGCAAUAGAUAAAACGCUUGGUGUAAAGAAAUCAACUGUGGGAGCAAUUAUUAGAAUAUGGAAGACAUACAAAACUGAUAAUCUCCCUCGAUCUGGGGCUCCAUGCAAGAUCUCACCUCGUGGCGUCAAAAUGAUAACAAGAACGGUGAGCAAAAAUCCCAGAACCACACGGGGGGAUCUAGUGAAUGACCUACAGAGAGCUGGGACCAGAGUAACAAAGGCUACUAUCAGUAACACAACGCGCCACCAGUGACUCAAAUCCUGCACUGCCAGACGUGUCCUCCUGCUGAAGCCAGUACACGUCCAGGCCCGUCUGCUGUUCGCUAGAGAGCAUUUGGAUGAUCCAGAAGAGGACUGGGAGAAUGUGUUAUGGUCAGAUGAAAACAAAAUACAACUUUUUGGUAGAAACACAGAUUCUCGUGUUUGGAAGAGAAAGAAUACUGAAUCGCAUCCGAAGAACACCAUACCCACUGUGAAUCAUGGGGGUGGAAACAUCAUGCUUUGGGGCUAUUUUUCUGCAAAGGGACCAGGACGACUGAUCUGUGUAAAGAAUGAACGGGGCCAUGUAUCGAGAGAUUUAGUGAAAACCUCCUUCCAUCAGCAAGGGCAUUGAAGAUGAAACGUGGCUGGGUCUUUCAGCAUGACAAUGAUCCCAAACACACAGCCAGGGCAACAAAGGAGUGGCUUCCGAAGAAGCAUUUCAAGGUCGUGGAGACGAGCCAGUCUCCAGAUCUCAACCCCAUAGAAAAUCUGUGGAGGGAGCUGGAAGUCCGUGUUGCUCAACGACAGCCCCAAAACAUCACUGCUCUAGAGGAGGUCUGCAUGGAGGAAUGGGCCCAAAUACCAGCAACAGUGUGUGAAAAGCUUGUGAAGAGUUUCAGAAAACGUUUGGCCUCCGUUAUUGCCAACAAAGGGUACAUAACAAAGUAUUCAGAUGAACUUUUGGUAUUGACCAAAUACUUAUUUUCCACCAUGAUUUGCAAAUAAAUUCUUCAAAAAUCAAACAAUGUGAUUUUGUGUUUUUCCCCCCCCAACAUUCUGUCUCUCAUGGUUGAGGUUUACCCAUGUUGACAAUUACAGGCCUCUGUAAUAUUUUCAAGUGGGAGAACUUGCACAAUUAGUGGUUGACUAAAUACUUAUUUGCCCCACUGUACAUUAGAAACUAUUAAAGGAAUACAUAAGUAGAUAAAAAAAAACUAAUAUAAAGACAACUAAAUUAAAAAAUACAAACAUCGGAAAAUCCAAAAUAAAAAUUAUUUAAAAAAUAAAUAAAUUAAAAAGAAGAAAAUAUAGAAAAUUAAAAAUAAAACAUUUUCAAAAAUACAUCAGAAUAAAAAAAAAAAAAAAAAAAAAAUAGAGGAAAUUUAAUUCCAAAUAUUAAAAUAAUAGUCUAGGGCUGUCAAAAUUAUCGCGUUAACGGGCGUUAAUUAAUAUUUUUAAUUAAUCACGUUAAAAUAUUUGACGCAAUUAACGUACUAGGCCCGCUCAGACAGAUUUAAAUGUCAGUACGGUGAAAGGACAACUUGUUAAUUGUGUUUUAUGGAGUUUUUCCGCCCUCUGCUGGCGCUUGGGUGUGACUUGCAUAUGUUAUGUGGCGUAAUGUCGCCCUCUGCUGGCGAUUCAGUGCAGCUGAUUAUUUGGGUUUCGGCGCGCUUUUCUGACGUGAUUAUAUGUCGACGCGAACUCACACUAAUAGACAGUGCUAUUCAGACCAGCUAAGGUCCGCAUCCAGUAUUCAGUGGCAGUUCUCAUAGCCCCAUCACACUGUUUGUGUCUAAUACAUGCAUCGCUUGUGAGUUAUAUUACUCCUUUGUUUAUAUUCAAGAGCAUUAGAUAGUUAUUGAUGAUGUGUAUUUGAAUUUGUUCACAUAUAUGGUGAAAUGCAGUUACAUUGUUAGAUGCUUGUGAGCUAAUUGGCUAGUGCUACUGCUCAAAUGGACACGUGUGUGUACAUUUUAUGUUAUUUUGUGAUUUAUGCAAGUUAUUGACACAUUGCCUUGUUAUUUUCAGUUUUACAAAAAUACAAGAAACGUGCUCCUGUCAGAAAGAGAUGACUUCAGUAAAGCCCAUGCAACUUUGC